UCUCAUUAUAAUUUUGCGAAUAAAAACUUAAAUCGCUAGAUUAGGAAACAAAUUGGAAUAUCAAAUCCUGAAGGAAACCAAUUGAAAACCAUUUUGGAAAGAAAUCGCAUUUCGCGCAAUCUCUCUAAUGAGUUUCUAUGGGGAUGUUAUUUUUGUAUGAAGCAAAUAUUGGCACACGUUGACAACUGUAGACGUUAGAUUAAGAAUAAAAAUUAAGGUAAAACAGAUUAAAAUUUUUUAAUUUUUUUUUAUAAAAAUUGACGAGUUUGAAUUAUAUUAUAAUAGUAUCUAUAUAUUAAUUGCAGAAAAGGACUUUUAAAUUUGUUGUAAAAGCAAUCAGAAAAAUAGUGCGUUGGAAAACAUCGUGUUUUCUGUUAACGAAAUAGAUCGACUUUAAGAUUCCUUUAAAAGUUUUUUUUCGUGAACGCAAAUUUAUAAAAUUAUUAGCAUUUAAGUUAAACAAUCAGAGCGGGCAGAAAGGGAUGAUUAAAACUCAUUAAUCAUUUCCGAAAAGAAUAUUUUCUACGUUCACUUACGUUUUUUUUUACGUGGGAUUUUUCGAUGAUUUUUUUUUUUUUAUAUAAAAAUGUUGUACUGACGUUAAAUUAAUAAGUUAUUAAUUGCUUAUUUUGAGUAUUAAAAGAACUGUUGUUAAUGCUUUUAAUACUCGAAAAUGAGUAAUUAAUUACAGGCCAAUUUAAUUCUGUCAGUAUUUCUCUGUAAAAAUUUUAAUACGAUAUUUUCUCGUGAAUAAAAAGUCGUAAAAUUAAUAUAUGACAAAAAAGAAAGAAAAAGAGCAAAUAAUCGAAUAUGAGAGACACUGUCCACGGAAUAAUUAGCCUCCUGUGUACGAUUCGCGCGACCCUUGACGAUCUUAAUGGGCCGGAAGUGACGUUCCUUUCUCUCAGCUCCCUCCGCGCGCCCCUUUGUGUCUCCGUUGAUUGGUACCACCGCACUACCAAACUGUUUACGAUGAUUCUCCGCGGUUACCGCCUAUUCGUGGUACAAUGUAACUAUUACGCAUUAAAACUGUCCUAUGCCUCUGCCGCUGUCGCUAUUACAGCAUUGUGAGACAUCUAGCCCGCACGCGUUGCAUGUGAAUUUCCCAACGAUUUCUUUUGUCAAACGAACAUAAUGUAAGUCAGCGGAAUAACGUAAACAAUGAACGUAUAAAUUAUAUAAUUUUGUAAUAUCGUGGUCUCUCUCGAAAUUUUUCAAACUUUUUUUACGAGUUUCAUAAAAUUUUUAGACGAAUUUAAUAUUUUUGAUUUGUAUAAUAUUAUUCUGCUUAAUAAUACAGAAAAACAUCAAGAUAUCAAAACAAAAAUUACAUUUAUUCUAAAACUUAGUUGUCUUCUGCGGAUGUUUUAUCUUUUGCGGCUUUAUCCUGGCAAAUCCUUGCGUCAACUCUCAUGUAAUUCGCUAAAAUGAAUGCCGAAAGGGAAGUGAAAGAAGGCGUUGAGAGAACCAGUCGAAUACUAUCCUCUCGUUCGAAAGCAUAUCGAGUUUUUUUUCUGGGUGAUUCCAAUAUUUCGAACGGUACAAUGUUCAAUGUACUUGCAGCAUACCAGCAUUAUUACUCAUUGUCAGUAAGUUACGUAAAAUCGUACAUAUGUCAUGCGAGGUCUCUAAUUGCUAAUGCAAGCAAAGGUGUCUGCGACUAAAUGUGUCGGCAUGCUCGUACGUGUAAAAUUCCUCAGCAAACCUGCAAUUACAUAAAUUGCAGAUUCCUCAACAAAUCUGUAAUUUGUUCAAUUACAGAUUGAUCCAAUUCAUUUAAUACUGCAAUCACAGAAAAACUAAUCUAAAUUGAAACUUAAUCUCGUAUAAUUUUCUUUAUUUUCACCAAAAUAUAUGAUUUUAAGAAAAUAUAUUUUUUUUAUUUCAAAAAUUUUUCUCAAUGUAGAAAAUAAUGAAGGAAGCUAAUUUUACAUACUUUUCGUUGAAUCUUUUUAAAAAUUAAAAAUUGCUUGGUUUUGUAUAAUUUUUAUGACAAUAAAUUUUAUCGUAAAAGCUACAUGAUUUUUACCACGCGAUUUCAGCAUCGAGAAAUGUGUAACUUGAGAAAUGGAGAAAAUGUGAAGGAGGAAAGCUCCGAGAAGAAAUCGGUUUCGAAUCUUCGUCGAAGAAUCCGCGUAGACGAGAAGAAUAGGCAUAUCUCUCCGGUACCCUGUAGGUACAUCCAGAAUGCACCUUCCCCACCCACCCCAUCCGGCGUUACUAUUACUCAGUCGCUUUCUCACGUACAUACACAUCACAGUUUUGCCAUCCAUUCAUACACACUCGUCUAUCCCCGCGUACAUACAAUCGGGUCCGAGCCUAAGUUAGUUCUGCACCGCCGCCACCGCCAGCACCCCGGCACCACCACCACCACCACCACCACCAUCGCUACCACUACCAUCACCACCACUACCAUCACCACCACCACCACCGCUAUCACCUUCUCCACCACCCAUCGCCAAUGCCCCAGCCUCGCCAAAUCGCGGAUACCAGCGCAGCAGCGCCCGGCACCGACUUCACACUGCGUUUCUGAUGCGCGCGAGUACCGGAGAGAGAAGAGUGGCGAGGAGGGAGGCGAGGCGCGACGACGGUGGAGGACGGGAGAGAUCGAUAUAGCGUGGGUGGAUGUGCAGAGUUCGCCCGCGCAAAGAAAUCGGCCAAGUUCUUCCUCCCCGGUGAGGCGAGGACGUUCCGGUCGGUCUUCUGAGUUGAGCCUGUCGAGUUUUUAUAAGAGUGAAAGCACGAUGGAGCGUAGUACGAGAGUCGACUUUGCGCUCGGUGAAGCGUGAGAGAGUGAAGGAGC